GGGUAUACAUAGUGCUGCAUGCUGGUUUUUAUUCGGUAUAUUUGCCUCGUAUUUGCUUCCUGUUUCUGAUAUGAUAAAUUUAAUUCGAGCGUUAAGGCACGAUGCGCGUGUUGUUCGGGAUCUCGAUUGACCGAUUGUUUCAUAGUUUUUUCAAAAUCGUUCUUUGAGAGAUCGCGUUUCAUGUUUACGUCCGACUGCGUCCUGUAUGCACAACCAACAAACUCAUAGUUUUUCAAACUGUAUUAUGGGUUAAUACUUUAGCUUUUGUAGUGGGAUGCUAUAUGAGAUUCUUUAAAACACAUGGCAGACCAAGAGACAGAUUACCAUGCACUUUGUGCAAGUGACAAGGACGAGAUCGAGGGUUUGAACGAGAGGCUGAUAGAACUAUUGUCUGCUGAGAAAGUGUCGUCGCACAACAAUGUUGAAGCCAGUGUAUCUCAAUCGCUGUGUGAUUUGGACAGUAGCAAAGAUAGCCUUAUUGUUGAGAAUGCAGCAUCUACUUCGCCGCUGCUCAGUCAUUAUAAAUAUCAUUGUUCCUUCUCACAUCACGACAGCCCUGUCAAUUUCUCAUCGUUGCCAACGUACCUCCCACCCAUCGGCGUAUUUUGGGAUAUAGAAAACUGCCAUGUACCAAAAGGAAGGUCUGCCAUGGCCGCGACGCAAGUAAUUAGGGAGAAAUUUUUUAGUGGUUACAGAGAGGCGGAAUUCAUUGUAGUUUGCGACGUUUUAAAAGAGAACAGUCGGGUUGUGAAAGAAUUGAAUAAUGCUCAAGUUAAUUUAAUACACGUCGCUAGGGAGUGUAAAAAUGCGGCUGAUGAGAAACUGAAACAGUCGAUUAGGAGGUUCGCCGAUAUCCACGGUAGCCCGGCAGCUGUGAUUUUAAUAUCCGGCGAUAUUAAUUUUGCUGCCGAUCUCAGCGAUUUACGUUAUAGGAAAAAAAUUCAUGUGAUACUUUUACAUAUGCAAAACACGUCUGAGGCAUUGAUACUCUGUGCCAACGAGCAUUACGAUUUCUUGGAACUCAUGGAAUCUCUGCCCAUACAGGUUACUACGCAUUAUGAUCUCGUAAUUAGUAAUCUACCGGAAGAUCAAGAUGUUAUGUCCGUAAAACAUUAUCUUAAACAAUUAUCCGAAAGUUGCGGUGGUCGAAUAAUGGAAAUGCAAUCGAACACGGCGAUCAUACGCUUUACUUCCAAGCCCUUCGCAGACAGGGCUCAGAAGCGUAUGGAUGGGAGGAUCGUUCUCGGUUCGAAAAUUUCUGUUAGAUUUCAAAAAAAGAAGGGGAGUAGCUUCCAGAAGGUUCAAGCGGAUUCUGCGAGCAGAGACGGUACGGUUAGUGAGUCCGAGAUUGUAACCAGUUCUCCAAGGGAAAUGUACAGCGCGGGCGCUUCAUUAACCGGUACAAGAACCGUUCAAAUUCCACACUAUCAAUCGCCGUCCCCGGUUAUCGGAACGUAUCCUGGAUGGAACCCUCAUUGCGCACCUAUUAGUGGACCACCAGGAAUGGUUCAAUCUGCAUCCGUUUUCGUUGGGAGGCCGUAUUCGAAUAACAGCAAUGUAGCUUUUAAUAGAUCUUACGAUGAGCUUGCAAGGGUCCAAUCUCCGUUGUUCUGGCAAAUGUCUGGUUCUCAACAGUUUGGACACAUGUGGGAAGAGCAGUACAAAGUGGAAAAGACGAAAGUGCUGAGUAGGAGAAUUCACAUCCCGCAGCCCCGGGAUAACGGAGUUGUAAAUAAUCCACCUCCUCGAACCCCAGAGGGGUUGAGGCGCAUCAAAGGCUCGCAGAGUCCUUUCGUUCAAUCAGUGGAAUGGACUACUUCGAGACAACAUCCUCCGUUGAAUGCCUCCGCCAAUUCGAACGGAUCUAUCAGUGAAUGUCCAUCGCAUCCAGCGCAUUCUCAAUCGGGUUUCAAACGCCGAAGUCCAUCUCCAAUGUGUGAUUUGCAAGCCCGGGAGCGGAAUCAGUGGAACGGGCAGCAGAAUGUAUCUGUGCGAAGUACCAGAACCCCGUCACCUUACGAAAACACAGUACAAAAGAUAAAUCAACAAAAUAAUCAUACUUCAUCUUAUCAUCCCAGUGAUACGGAAAGCGAAGAAGUCGAGAAGUUUUUUAAUCCGAUAAAUAAUCACAACGGAACGUCGACGAACAUUGAACCAUGCACACCGAUCGAACUUCAAGUAACUAACUUAGACCAAAGUAUUAAUCCAAAAAAGAUGCGACACAUGCUCGCCUCUAUUUUCAUGGAGCACGUGAUGGUUUUGAACAUCUCCAUUUUCACGCAAUCCGAUGGUAAUUACGCGGCGAGCGUCAAAGUAUCUACGUUGUCCGAUGCUCAGUACGCCAUCUCUCAGUUGCAUCGUCGCAAAGUGGGCUACAAACGUAUUUUAAUAGCGUACGCUCACAGCGGCAGGGCGAGUCCUCAGAUCGUCCGGGCGCAAAUCGUCAUGCUGCUUCAAGAAGUACCCGAGCAUAAGCUGCCGCUGUUCAAGUUUCGACAGAUGUACGAGAGCCGUUUCUUGAUGUCCAUCAGCGUGUCUGAAUUGUACAAGAUGAAAGACGUCUGCGUGAUCACGGAGAAUCCCGACGGUCGUAUGGUGGCUCUUAAUCCGGAUCACCGAAACACACCAUCGCCGUGCUUCAGUAAUACUACUCAGGAGGAACAAUUGGAGUUACCGUAUUGUACUGUUCAUACGAUAAAGCCGUGGUACAAAGGAUGGGCUGAGCAAAAAGUAGCGUCUCUUCCGAACGUGCAAAUUUCUUUGAAGCUCCUCGAUCCGCGUAUACACCAGUUAUUAACUACGCACAAUGGAAGUUUACCAUUGCCCAGUUUGCCAAUUUGUUACGAAGCCGAGUUUAAGGAACAAUUGCAAGUGGCAGAAGAUGGAGUUCCCUUGGAGCACCUAGUGUCUUGUUUAUCCUGCGUUGAACUGAAACAAGGUAUCGGCAGCAUAAAGCAUCUUAUCUGGACUGGAAAUAAGACGCAUGAAAAUAGUCACGAAGAAAACAAAUGUGUGAGCCCUCCGCUGGCUAAUCAAUUAGCGCUGUUCAGUCGCGAACUAGUCGAUCUUCUGAAAACUGCGCCACACUGCCAGUUACCGUUCAAUCGAUUCAUACCCGCAUAUCAUCAUCAUUUCGGGAGGCAAUGUAGAGUCGCUGAUUACGGAUUUACAAAAUUGAUCGACUUGUUGGAAGCUCUGUCGCAUACCGUGCAAGUGAUGGGUGAAGGACACAACCGCGUGAUUACGCUAUCUCACCGAGCUCAGGUUCGUCGUUUCACAUCUGACUUAUUGAGAGUUUUGAAGUCGAAAGCUAGCAAACAAGUUUUACUCUCAGAAUUCCCGAGCGUUUACGCUAGAGUGAUAGCCAAACCGUGGGAUAUUGUCAAUUACGGUGUCUGCGAGAUUGAAGACAUCCUUGGCGAGGUAUCAGAAAAUACUGUAGUGGUUACCACGAUCAGCGGAGGAGAUAAGAGAAUCGCUAUUCCUAAACGAGAGCAAACCCCAGAAGAGAUAGAGCGUACAAAGCAGUUCGCUUUAGAGGUCAUAGAAUUAUUACGGCACGUGCCUCAAUGUACAAUGCAGUUUAACACGUUCGUUCCAUCGUAUCAUCAUCACUUCGGUCAUCAAUGUCGCGUAUCUAAUUACGGUUUCACGAAACUAAUCGAGCUGUUCGAAGCUAUACCUGAGAUCGUGAAAAUUGAAGAUGAUGGUACUGGUGAAAGACUAGUCUCUCUAACAGAAAAGGAAGGACUCCGUGUACUCUCUGAACAGAUAUCAAAACUGAUCGCGCAAUCGAAAGGCUGUCUAAGCGUGGCGAACGUGGCACAAAGUUUCUUACGCGAGUUCGGCUAUGCUCUGAAACCCGAAGCGUUCGAUUGUAAAUCUGUGUUGCAACUCAUGGAGAAACUUGAAGACACCAUAAAGAUCGUGUGUUUAGCAACUGGACCGGUAGUUAUGAUAGUAGAUAAGUCUCACUUGCAGCAAUUGAUAUUAGAAUGCCGCCGAUUGUUGAUGGAUAAACCGCAACACAAAAUGCUGGUGGAAGAGUUUCAACAGUUAUAUGCUCAGUAUUAUUCGAAAUCAUGCGACGUGGACGAGAUAAAGCAAAAUUUGUCCAACGUGGUUCGAUUCACUACAACGAAUGAUGAAGAGUUUGUCGAACUGACUCCGUUACACUGUUUCGCCUGUAAUUUGUAUCGCGUGAUGAUGAAUUAUGGUGGAGCGUUGAAGCUCUCACAGUUUGAAACAGCAUACUUCUCUACGAUCGGUUCCAAUUGCAAGCCUGCGGACUACGGUUUUCCAACGAUCGCUGCGCUUCUCCAAGCGCUACCGUGCACGGUGACGUUGAAACUCUCGCGGCGGAAGAAGAAUAUCAUAUAUUUAAAUAAGAGAGUUGCCGCUGUUGGUAUGGCAUUACCGCCUGCGUACGCGGCAACAUCGUCCCAACGGGAUACGGAUUCCAGUAACGAGUCGACCGAGAGCGAUUCGUCCUCACGGUUGAACGUCUCUGUCAACUCGUUGACGUUGGAUGAUCGAACGAAAUGGAAGGCAGAAGAAGCUGAUAAUGAACGAAAAGGUUCCUGGAAGCAGACGGAGAAAGCCAAUCCGUGGUCGAAAGAGGUCGAUAAGUCUUGGAAAACGUCCAACUCCGAGGAACAGCCGGUGAAUUGGUCGUUCCAAGAAAAGGGAAACGAGAACUUCUUGAGGAGUAUAAUACGGACGCCAAUUAUACUGCAUGGUUAUCUACCUCCACCUCCUAAACCGGAUUCGCCACCCGAGGAGAAUUUGGCUAAGAACGAAUGGGAUUCAUCCGUUUGGAUGAGUCCAACGAAAUUUACAUAUCUUCAAGAUACUACUAAUGUAGAGGUCCCUCCGUUAACGUUACCUUCUUCUUGGAACCAAAUCGUGUCCGACAACAGUAUCUCAAAUUUACUAUCUCCAGCGAAGAAUCUAUUGUCCGCCACAGCGAAUCCUUUAAAUCCGCGCACGUCGCCUUUUUUCUCGUUCAAGCGAAACCUGGUCGUCGCUCCGCAUCCUUCCGAACUGCCGCUUCCCUCGCUAGCUUUAACUCCAAAGAAGAACAUGUCAUCGGGUAGUACCGGUGAAGAUACCGUUGAUGGCCAGGAGAGAGUUUACAACGACUUUACGGAAGAGGCAGCGAUCAACAGUAAUGAUACCGAUGAUAGCAGUAACACGGAUGGUAGUAACGAUAAGGAAAAGCACAGUACUCCUACAAAGUUAUUUGUGAGCAAACGUCGUUUGGCUGCUCAAUUCAAUCGACCCAUCGAGUCGUGAGCCGAGAGCGAGGAAUCUGGAAACGUUAAGAAAAUGAGGUAGCUUGGCCAUCCGAAACGCAUAAUUUCCUAGCCAGUCGCAUUCAUGCGUCGAUGGGAUCGAGCCGUAAAAAGAACUGUAUAAUUUACUGCCGACAUGUUUUAGUGACGUACCGUACCGUGAUUCUUUUAGUAAAGAAACGUCGCGGUAGUCACACAGCGGGUUCUCUGAACUAUGGUAUGUUUCUCUUUCCCCUUCAUCAAUUUAUAUAUUUGAAAUAAUUACAAUAUAUAGGAUAAGGCGACGGAAUAGUCUCCCUAUAUUCACGAGUGAAUGAAAACAAUUUCAUAAAUGCUAUCUAAAUUUUUAUGGUACUACGUAUAUAGAAUAAUAUUUCGUUUUUUCAUAAAAUCAUGGUAUUAAUGGGCAGGAAAGUUAGAAUUUGAAAGUGGACAAUCGUAGAAAUUCCCUUAGUUUCGUUUUAUAUAUUGUUCAUCGUUAUUCACCGAUCUUAUGAUGGAAUUUAUAGACCUUUCUUCUCUUAUUUCAUUCGGAAGAGCUUCUCUUUCUUUGUUAUCGAACCAUGCAACAUUAUGAAUGUUCUAACGUUUCUAUCAUUUUAAUUAAUUAAUUAAAAUUGAUUAAAUUGUGUUUUCUAUUGGUACCAUCGAAAUUUAAAUAACAUUUGUUCUAAAGUGAAUCACGUAGAAUGCGGAUUUCUGUGCGAUUACGAAAAUCCGCAACAACAUGAUAAUACGAGACAUGUUUCUGUAUCGACUACAGUGUUUUUGUGCUUAGAAAAACAAACUCUAAUCAAAGUUUCAUUUACUUGUGAAAAUAGAGAGUAUACAUUCCGUUAUGCCGUGUAUAUAAGCGAUUUAACGCGAUGCGCAGAGCAGAGAAUUUAUUUUCAAGAUACUUGAAUAUCCGAUUAAAAAGAAAAAUAAAAAAAAAGAAAACAAUUGUGAAUAAUUGUAUGCAGCGUUUAUAUUCAGUGAGAAUCCGUUGUACCGUUGAUUGUAUAAUCGUGUGUGUCAAAUUUCGCGUAACAUUUUUUCAAUACUGUGAUAUAGAGAUAGAGAAAGCAAAUCUAAUGAAAUUAGGCUGCGGUUGUUUACGCGGAAUAGCGAUUUUACAAAUGUAACUAUGAAAAUGAAGAUCCUGUACCCAGCAUGAUAUCUAUUUUAUUUUGGAUAGCUUGCAUAAUUUCGAUGAUUGUAUGCAUACCGCGUUUCUUUACAUAAUCAAAUCAAUCAUAUACGCAUAAACAUCCGCCAUCUACAAACAAUGCAAACGAUUAUAUAAUAAUAUAUUACGCGCAUGUAAGUGCGUGAGAGCGAACUUGAAAAGUGGGCAAUAAUUGUACAAGUCUCUUUCUCAUAGGAUUGGGCCAUUGUCCUAUGUCUGCCGAAUGUCCCACCGUCUUCGUUUGCACAUUUUUUUUCAUUCUUUCUUUGUUAUGACAAAGUUAUACCCUAAUAAAGUCGUAUGCGAAACGAGAAAGCACGUACGCUUCUAAUUGCAAGAAUCGAUUUUUGUUUCUCAUUAAUUCUAAAGACAAAACAAGAACUAGUCUACUUUUGAGAAUCAGCAAAAGCUUUAUUUGAAGAAUUACUUUAUGGAAUGGAAAUUUAAUUGGCUCAACCCUAUUGAUUGUUAUUCGCUGGAAAAUCGAAACAAAAAGAAAUAAUUCAUGUUCAUUUAAAAUGGGGAAACCGCUUGCAAAUCGAAUAAUUGUUCGUAAUCAUCGUUAAUUUGCAGAUCUGUUGCAGUUUAUGUUGUUUUACUUUCAUUUCAAUUCGCACGAUUAUUUUCUUCCUUUCGUUUCGCGUAAAAGAUAUUCUUCUUUCGUUGUCUUUCAUUUUCCUUUUACGUCGUAAAUUAUAUGGCGAACGAACACAUGAUUUUGAAUGCGUUUAUAGGAUUUUUUUAUAGCGAAUCGUACUAUACUUUAAAGUGUUCUACCGUUUCCCAGUGCGUAUCGUAAUUAUAUUUUUAAUUAAUUGAUUAAAAUGGGUCGAAUAGGUUUAACGUUAAUGCAGUUACACGGCUGUUGAAUACAUCAAGAGAACAAGGAAUAAAGAAACUUGCACUAAUGAAUAAGAAAUGAAGAAAGGAGGGAAGAUCGAAAUUCUUACGAAUUCCAUUUUAACGAUUAUUGAAUAGCGA